AUGGCACACCCGACUUUCUGUCCCAAUGACGGUCAGUUCGGCCCAGUCUCCAAUUGUAGAGCCUUCGACUUUACUAUCCGCUUCCAGAGCAGCAUCUUUCAGUUGUUGCCAAAUGCCAUCUUCCAGGCCAUCGCUGUCGGGACCAUAGGCUACACACUGCUCUCUCGUAGACGUGCCAUUCAGAUUCCCACCACCGACCGCUUGGCUUGCGUCCAGCAUCGCGAUGGCGGAAGCAUCCUACUCGCGCUGCUUCACCUCGCCUUGGUGGUAGCUCUUGUGGCGCUGGCACCUAGCCAUCUACCCGGAGUCACCACGUCCGGCUUUGGCACGCUUAUCAUGCCUGCGCUCGCCCUCGAAACCUUAUCAGCACUCAUCAUCUCGUGUGCCAUGACGUUGCAUCGUCCUGAUCGGCCCACACCCAUCGUCACCCUCAUCAACACCUUCCUCCUGUUCAGCUCGCUUUUCGCUGCGGUGCAGCUUCGAUCCUUCUACUUUGUGCCUGCAGCUCGCACCUCGGCCUUCUUGCCAGUGCUCGCGGCUGAUUUCGGCACGAGGUGGCUACUUUUCAUCACCACCUCGACGAAACCCUUCGAUCCACGCCAAACAGCAGAGCAGCGAGCUAGCUUCAUCUCGCGAAUCUUCUUCUUGUACUUGCUUCCUAACCUCUGGAAGGGCACCAAACAACCCAUCGAACUCAACGAUAUUGAGCCCCUGGCUCCCUCGUACGCCUCGCGAGUUCUCGAAACCAAGCUCUUCCGCGAGUGGCACGCCAGCGCAGGAAACGUCGCUGAUCACAAUUCAUUGAUUGACGACUCUUCGUACCCCGCCGAUGUCAAGGACACAGACAACAUCUCCUUGUCCGAUCUUGUUUCGUUGCACUCGGUGUCUGCGAGUCAGACUACGUUCUUACCGAAGGGUCACCGAAAACCAAUGCUCGUCCGCGCCUCGAUACGGGCAUUUGCUGGCGUACUCUUCUCUCCGUUGCCGUCCAAGGCCCUCUUCACCAUCAUGACGCUGCUGCAACCUUUGUUGGUGCAAGAGACGCUUGACUUCAUCUCCUCAUACUCCUCUGACAAACCCCAGCCGGCAGCAUAUGGCUACGGUCUCAUCGGCGCGUUUGCCCUCGUCUACCUGUUGAUCGCUCUCAGCUCUGGACAUUUCACCUUCAGCAUCUACAAGACGACGUGCAAGCUGCGGGGUGCGCUUGUCUACGCUGUCUACCGCAAGACCCUGGUGCUCUCUGUCGACGCGUUGCAGGAUUCAGACACACCUUCACCGACUGUGAUGCAAAGUGUCGACAUCGAGCGCAUCGUCGGUGGUCUGGAUCCCUUUCACGAGAUCUGGAGUGCGGUCAUCAUCAUCAUCGUUGCUCUCUACCUGCUGUGGCAGCAGAUCGGCGUCGCCUUUGUUGCCACCAUCGUCACUCUGGCCAGCCUGUUUGGCACGAUCCCGUUGAUGACCAAGGACGCGUCUGCCCAUCAAAAGCAAUGGAGCCAGUUGACGGACGAGCGUACGGGUCUAGUCAGCGCCUGCAUCAAGGCCAUCAAAGCCAUCAAACAGUCCGCCCUAGAAGGCUUCCUCAUCACCAAGAUCACCGCGAUCCGCCAACGCGAAGUCAAAGCGCUUGUCAGCUACGUCCAAGACUUGCUCUUCAUCUCGCUGCUCGGCAAUGUUGCUGGCGAUAUCCUCUUGCUGGCCACCAUCACUACGUUUGCUAUCGUGUCUGCGUACCACCAUCAUGCCACCGGCGCGUUCCCAUUCACGACGUCCACCGUGUUCACCUCGAUCACUAUCGUCCGCAUCGUCGAGAGACCCCUCUUCAUCAUCGGCCGUAGGUACGCCAGCGUCAUCUCAGCCGUCACGUCGCUCAAGCGGCUCGAGACAUUCUUGCUGCUGCCGGAACAGGUCUCGGCCGACCACGAUGCAGCUUGGACUGCCAAGGCUGAGGCUGCUGCGACAGCAGCUGCGGUGUUUCAAGGCGCCUCGAUGGCCUGGAAGCAGAACGAGGGCCGCCUAUCGGAAGACAAGCCCACUGGCGAUGCUGGCAGUGCUACUACAGGUCGAGGAAGCCAUGAACGCAAGGGUCCGGUGCUGCACAAUCUGAAUCUUGUCCUGCCCCGCAACGCAGUCAGCGUCGUAGUGGGCGAAGUCGGUGUUGGCAAAACCUCGUUCUUGUGCUCGCUCCUGGGUGAGCUCGCACCAGUUCAGGGUGGGCUGAGCCUUCCAAUCCGUGCAGCUCCCAUCGCAUACGUCAGCCAAGAUCCCUGGACACUGGGCGAGAAGACCAUCAAGGAGAAUAUCGUGUUCUAUCGCACAUUCGACGAGGAGCGCUACCAAAGGGCACUGUCUGCCUGUGGGCUUGUUGUGGAUGUGCAGCAGCUCCCCAAAGGCGACGACACCCUUGCCAAGCAUCUGUCUGGAGGCCAGAAGCAAAGAGUCGCGCUCUGCCGUGCCGUCUACUCGGACGCACCUACCCUGGUCCUCGACGACGUACUCAGUGCCGUUGACGCAUCCACCGCUGCCGGAAUCAACCAGGCCCUCUUCUCGCGUCAGAGCGGCCUGCUGCGUGGCAAGACAAUCAUCAUGGCCACUAACUCUGUCCAGCAGAUGCAGCUAGCCGACCACAUUGUCCAAAUGGGCAGCGGAGGUAUCGCCGAGUUGCUCGCUGGCGAAGCAGCCACAAUUUCCAAGCUUGCUGACAACAUCGACACAAUUCGACGCCGAUCGGCUGAGGAGCGGGACAGCAUCGAUGCCAACGGCGAGUCGUCUACGGCUGUCGAGGUGCGUGCAGCAGCCGCAGCCACAGCCAAGGAGGAAAAGAUGCUCGACAACGACGAAGAGCAGGAGGACGUGAUGACAGGAGGCAUCAACUUCUCCGUCUUCAAGCGCUACUUUAGAGCGGCGGGGUGGGUAGCGUCAAUGUCGUACCCUGUUGCACUCGCCGUUCAGACUGGUUUGGCGAAUGGUCAGCUGCUAUGGCUGCAGGCAUGGGCCAAGCAUGUCUCCGAAGACACGCUGCGAGGGUCUAUCGGGCUGCACGUUGGCAUCCUGGUGCUUCUGGUACUCGGAAGAUUCUUCACGUACGGCGGCUCGCUCAUGGUGUACCUGUACCUGUUUACUCCCAGGAUCUCGCUGCAGCUGCACAGCGACGAAGCCAAGGGCCUUUUGGGAUCGGGCGCCGAUUUCUUCCUCAACCUCAACCCUGGUCGCAUGAUCAAUCGUUUCACGCAGGACAUCUAUUCGCUCGAUUUCCAGAUCGGCGCGUACUACGUCAAUGUGGUCUUCUUUGUCAUCGAGAUGGGUUUUUCGUUGGUGUUGAUGGCGUUACCAGCUCCGUACCUGCUUGGUGUGAUGGUUGCGAUGGCUGCCAUGUACUUUGGGAUCUACAAGCUGUACAGCCCAUCGUCGAGGCAGCUGCGACGAUUGGAGAUGGCAACCAAGUCGACCCUCCAUUCGCAGUUCAAGGAAACGUCGGACCUGCAAGGCUUGUUCACGAUCCGCGCGCUGCAGAUGCAGCCGCAGUUUGCUCUCGCCACGUCUACGCUGUUGGACACGUCACAGCGACCGUACUAUUCGCUGUGGACGGUGCGUGUGUGGCUGCAGACUUGGCUCAAUCUGCUGGGCACGGUGCUCAACACGGCUCUAGUGCUCAUUGCCGUCAGCCUGCGGCACAAGUCGAAUGCGGGUCUGGUCGCCGUGGCCUUGGUUCAGGCCAUCUCGUUGUCGUCGGACCUCAAUGGUCUCAUGUCUGCUUGGACAGAGCUCGAAAUUGGAAUCGUUUCACUCGAGAGGAUCGAGCAGGUGAUCACACUCCCGACGGAUCCCAAGGACGACCAGACGAAGCUCAAGGAGAUGCCGAGAGCAGUUGGGGCAGCCAGCAUGCGUCCCGCGGCCGUCAGUGUCAGUUUUGAGAACGUGACGGUGGGGUACAAUGGGAAGGACGAUCCGAUGUCGCUGCGCAAGGUCAGCUUCUCCCUCAAGCCAGGCGAGAGGUUGGGUAUCUGCGGUCGAUCAGGGAGCGGCAAGAGUACGCUGCUGCUCUCGUUGCUGCGAAUUCUGGAACCGGCUUCCGGAAAGAUCAUGAUUGAUGGAGUCGACACCGCGACGUUGACAGGUGGCUCUGUCCGUCGAAACAUCUCGUACAUCCCGCAGGAGCCGAUGAUUCUGCCUUCGCUUACUGUACGCGAGAACCUGGACCCGGAAAGAGAGCACUCGGACGACGAAGCCUACUGGCAGGUCCUCCGCCGGACGUCGAUGUACGAGACCAUCUCGCAACUUGCUGAGGGGCUUGAUCACGUCCUGGACCUGCAGAGUCUCAGUAUGGGUCAGAAGCAGCUGUUGAACGUCGCGCGGGCGCUGCUCAAGGAACGUGGGCUCUUGGUCAUGGACGAGGCCACCUCGAAUCUGGACUCGGAAACUGACGCGCAGAUUCAGCUCGCUCUUACUGCGGCUGCAUCGAACGAGGAUAGCAUCUCGCGCGUUCAGUCGAAGAGAGCUGUGACGAGCGACGCGUUCGUGCCAGUGCCGGGAAGACCGACGAUGCUGACGAUUGCGCAUAGACUGUCGACGAUUAUGGACUACGACAAGAUCUUGGUAUUGGGGAACGGGGAGGUGUUGGAGUUUGGAAGCCCCGCUGAGUUGUUACGGCUGGAAUCGGGGGAUUUCCGGUCGAUGGUCGAAGAGCAGAACCGCGAGGUUGAUUAG